UGGGUGAUGGCUCUGUUGUAUCUGGUACGCUCGUGCAGUGAAAGUUCCCCUAAAGCUGCUGCUCUCUAUUACGAUGAACUGGCCAACCUGCUGCAGACCUGCAAACUGGACCCUCUAGUACAGGCAUGGAUCGGGAAGAGUGUGUUAGAGGAUUUUCAGGAAGACUUUGUUGUAGACCUUGGACUAGAUAUAUCAGGUGCAUGUUUGUGUUUCCUGCCUCUGUGAUGUAUAAUUUGGACGAGGAUGAGAGUCAAGGGGGAAUUGCCAUCAAUCUACUGCCACUUAUGACUCAAGACCAGCAUCCCAAAACAGACACAACCCAGCCAGCUGGAGUCAAGAAAGAAAGGCGUGUGUCUCCACUUUGUCUGUCCGCGUUUUUCUGUCUGCUGAGGUUGUGUGAAGAGGUGCAGCACCAAGGCUAUCUGGAGGAGAUUGAUGCUUUGCUAGGUCAGAUACUGUACACCUGCAGUAUUUUUUCUAUUCUAGAUUGUGUUUUGUCUUGAUCACUGUGUAAAAAAAAAUUUUUUAUUAGAUGCCUCUAUUUUUUCAUGUUUUCAUAUUAUGAAUAUGUAUAAGCUCUAAGAUUAUUUCUAACAUCACAAGAGGCAUCAGAUGUAUCAAAGGUUAAAAAGCAUGUUUGGAGAGUUUUGUGCUGUUAUUGGCUGUCCUCUGAUUGUGAUUGAUAUGGAGGUGGUGGGGAAGGUGGAGAGUCUGUCUAAGGCCGAGAGAGUUCCUCUGUCCUCUGCUCUUUUACACCAUCAACUGGUUCAGAGAGCUACACCAGGCUACACUCCUCCUCAGGUUAACUUUGAUGGAGAGAGUGCUGAAAGGAUGAUACCCUCUUCUUCAACUGCUCUGCCAAAGAAAGAAAAGAAAGAGUCAUCUGGGAGGAAGUGGAAGGCUUCAGCAAGUAAGAACUCCUCAAGAGACAAAUCACAGCUGGAGGGGGCCACAGAAUCAGAGGAUUCACAACAGGACCAUCCAGAGAAAGAGUGUGAGAAGGAGAAAGAAAAGGAUGCCAAAUCAGGGGUCAGUCUGCCUUCGUACUGGCCGUUCUUCAGAGAGCUGGAUGUUGAAGCUCUGAGCGUGCUUCAGUGUGGCCUUUUGUCGCGGACACUUUUGGACACUGAGCUGUAAGUUAAAGGAGGAAGUGCAGUUGGGCCCUGCAGAAUUGCUUUUCCUGCUGGAGGACAUGUGGCGUAAACUGGAGUUCAGUUUGGCUUCUGCAUCAGCCAAAAAGACUCCAUUUCUCAAACCUUGAAGAAAAGUCUGGAGCAGUUUGUGUAUCGUGUGAAAGCCAUGCUCACUCUUCACUAUUGCUAGGAAGCCUUCUGGCUGGGGAACCUGAAAAACAGAGACUUAAAG